AGCUUGCUCGGGUCAGACUGGUGGGAUCGCGGGGCUCCCGAGGAGAGCCGCCGAACCGCGCGCCGCUGCCCCAGCCCCAGGCCGCCCCUGCGAUGGGCUGACCCGGCAGGCGGGGGCCCAUGACAGCCAGACGGGUGUUCCACCUCCGGCCGUGCGAGACCCCACCUGCAGCCAUGGCUCGGAAUGGAUACUUCUUUGAAGAAACUGGGAACAGCCAGAGCCCUCCAGUCUCUCCCCCAGAGGCAUGGCCCCAGGUUCACAUACCACCGACUCUGUCCAUGCCCGUAUCCUCUGUCACAGAGGAGAAAAGAAAGGAGAAUCUGAGGAAGAAGAAGAAGCAGCGUUUAGGCUAUCUCAAGUGUGACACGGAGGAUGGCGCCGAGGGAAUGGAGGAAGAACUGUUUGACACGGUCAAUUCUUCCAUCGUGUCUGGAGAAAGCAUCCGCUUUUUUGUCAACUUCAACCUGGACAUGCAGGCUAACUUGAGCGAGGACGAUAGUUCGGGCUGCGUGCUCCUGCACACCUCCAGAAAGUACCUGAAGUUAAAGAACUUUGAGGAGGAGAUCCGAGCCCACCGUGACCUGGACAGCUUCCUGGCCCGGGCCAGCAUCAUCUUGGAUGAGACAGCAACAACUCUGGACGAUGUGCUGAGGGAGAUGCUCCGCCAUUUUUGCCAGGACCCAAACAAUUCUGAACCUGGCUUCAACUUCGAUCGGAUCAUGGCCACCCUCUUCACUGAUUCGGGGACUCCGAGAGAGGGAACAGUUCACCUCCUCUCUGAUAUCAUCCAAGGAGUCACAGCCACUGUCACUGGGAUUCAGUACCAGCAGUCCUGGCUCUGCAUCAUCUGUAACAUCAAGUCGCUGCAGCGGCGCCACGUGUGUAUCAGCCGCCUGGAGCGGCCCCAGAAUUGGGGCGAGAAUUCCUGUGAGGUGCGCUUUGUAAUCCUGGUGAUGGCGCCCCCCAAGACGAAAAGCACAAAGACGGCUACCGAGGUGGCACGGACAUUUGCGACCAUGUUCUCGGACAUCACCUUUCGCCUUCGCCUGCUGGAGACACGCACCACGGAAGAGUUCAAGGAAGCCCUAGUGCAACAGAGACACCUGCUCACUGUCAUCAAACCGCGAUCCUCCGUGAUCUCACGGAGCGAAAUCUACUCCCCGGCACGGCCCCGGCAGCACGGAGUGAAAGACCUGCAGUGUCAUAAUUUCCUCCAGCUGGGGAAGGGGAUCAUGGAUGACAUCGCCAGGCGGUUUCCUGUGUAUGCUCUGGACUUCACAGAUGGUGUGAUUGGAAACAACAAGUCUUUGGGGAAGUACAUCACCACCACGAUCUUUCUCUACUUUGCCUGUCUCCUGCCAACCAUUGCCUUUGGUUCCCUCAAUGAUGAGAACACAAAGGGCGUCAUUGAUGUGAAGAAAACAAUAGCUGGCCAGAGCAUCGGCGGCCUCUUGUAUGCGCUGUUUGCAGGACAGCCCUUGGUGGUAUUGCUCACCACAGCGCCAUUGGCCCUCUACAUAAACGUGAUCCGUGGCUUUUGUGACGAAUACAAGCUGGACUUUAAUGCCUUUUAUGCUUGGACCGGGCUCUGGAACAGUUUCUUCUUGGCGGUCUAUGCCAUCUUCAACUUGAGUCUUGUCAUGAAGGUCUUCAAGAGAUCAACAGAGGAAAUCAUUGCACUCUUCAUUUCCAUCACGUUUGUGCUGGAUGCUGUCAAGGGCAUGAUCAAAAUCUUCCAGAAGUACUAUUUCCGAGGGCACGGGAGCCACCACUCCCCAACAGACUUGGGCCUCAAUGCCAGCCUGCUGAUCAAUUCAUCAAACACCAUAGACAGUGAGGGUGACACCCCUGGGCGUGAAACGGCUCUCUUGAGCCUCAUGCUCAUGCUGGGCACUGUUUGGCUGGGCCACACCCUCUACCAGUUCAAGAAGAGCCCCUACCUUCACGGCCGAGUGCGGGAGGCACUGUCAGACUGUGCGCUGCCCAUCUCAGUGCUUACCUUCUCCAUCGUGGGCUCCUAUGUCUUCCAUGGCAUCAAGAUGUCUAAGUUCAACUAUAACCCCAGGGAGAACCUGUUCGAGCUGGCAAAAGUGCAGUCACUGUCCUUGGGAGCUGUGGGCAGCGCCAUGGGACUGGGCUUCCUCCUCUCUCUGCUCUUCUUCAUUGAACAGAACCUUGUUGCUGCUUUGGCCAACGCCCCAGAGAACAGGCUGGUGAAGGGCACAGCCUACCACUGGGACCUGCUGCUGAUCGCCAUGAUCAAUCUGGGGCUCUCUCUGUUUGGCCUGCCCUGGCUCCACGCGGCCUACCCCCACUCCCCGCUGCACGUGCGGGCGCUUGCCUUUGUGGAGGAGCGAGUGGAGUAUGGGCACAUCCAUGAGACGAUUGUGAGCGUGAAGGAGACACGCCUGACUUCUCUGGGGGCCAGCAUCCUGGUGGGGCUGUCGCUGCUGCUGCUGCCCUUCCCACUGCAGUCCAUCCCCAAGGCCGUCCUCUACGGGCUGUUCCUCUACAUCGCCCUCACGUCCCUCGACAACAGCCAGCUCUGCGAGCGGAUCGCCCUUCUACUCAAGGAGCAGACGGCGUACCCCCCCACCCACUACAUUCGCCGGGUGCCGCAGAGGAAGAUCCACUACUUCACUGGCCUGCAAGUCGUCCAGCUGCUGCUGCUCUGUGCCUUCGGCAUGUCGUCCCUGCCAUACAUGAAGAUGAUCUUCCCCCUCAUCAUGAUUGCCAUGAUCCCCAUCCGGUACAUCCUGCUGCCCCGAAUCAUUGAAGCCAAAUAUUUAGAUGCCAUGGAUGCGGAGCACUGAGGAACCCCUGACCCAAGCCUCCCACCUCUGACCUCACUCAGGCGGAGCUGCGCUGCGCUGCUUGGCUUCUCUGCCCUCCUCCCGGAGUCUCUACCUCUGUCUGAUUCUUUUUCCACAGCUUUGAUUUUCUCUGUAUCUGUCCCUUCUGGAGUGCUUUGCUCCCCGAAGCCAGGCUGCUCUGGGGGUGUGUUGGGAGGAGAAUGGCCUUCUUCUGCCACUGCUCCAUCCAACUCCCAACCCCACCCCCAGGCAGGAAGUAAGGCAUUGGACUCUGGGUAGGUCAUGGCUCAGAGCGUCCGAACGUGGUAGAGACCAGUGACACCCAGGGGCCCAGUGGUCAGAGCAGGCAUGUCCAUGGCCCUAGCAUUGGCAUCGAAGAGUCAUAUGCUAUGUGUUGUGUGAACACAUGCAUGUGAGGGGGUUUGCCUUUGACAAUCAGCUACUCGGUGACUUCCCAUCAUCUGGGCUUGAGCCACAUAUGCACAUCUGACUUUCCCUGGGGUUCCUGGAUGAAUGCCCCUCGGUCCUGCAGGCCCAGGGCAGAGGAGAGUCCCCAAUCCCACCCUCCCCCUGGGCAGCCAGAGUGUUAUUUCACGGCAGCACAUAGGCUGGCGGGCUGUGCUGCCCACAUACACCCUGGCCCGAAGGUAGAGGAUAAGGAACAGGAGUUGGGCUCUUAGAAUCAGGGUCUUCUCCUGCUGGGCCAGGAGUCAGGAGCCCAGGGCUGGGCUGGGGGACUCAGAGCUGAGCAGUGUGGAUUUUCUUUUGAUAAAAGAGUCACUGCUUAGAAGAGAAAUCAUUUCCUUGAUUGUGUAAGGAACUUGCUGUGAGCAUUGCAGAGAAUAAAGCUUCUGUUUCUACACUUCUA